AUGGCUGCGAGAGCACCCGUUGGCGGCCGCCCAGGUGCCCGGUUCGCCCAGUUCAAGCUGGUCUUGCUUGGAGAGUCUGCCGUCGGAAAGAGUUCUCUAGUCCUACGAUUCGUGAAAGACCAAUUUGAUGACUACCGAGAGUCGACGAUCGGCGCCGCCUUCCUGACACAGACGAUUUCUUUGGAUGAGAACACAACCGUCAAGUUCGAAAUAUGGGACACAGCUGGCCAAGAACGAUACAAGUCGUUGGCUCCGAUGUACUACAGAAAUGCCAACUGCGCUGUCGUCGUCUACGAUAUUACACAGGCUUCAUCGCUUGAUAAGGCCAAGUCAUGGGUCAAGGAGCUGCAACGUCAAGCAAACGAGAAUAUCAUCAUUGCUCUGGCCGGUAACAAGCUGGAUUUGGUGACCGAGAACCCCGACAAGCGCGCCAUUGCCACUGCCGACGCCGAAGCAUAUGCCCGAGAAGCCGGCCUGCUGUUCUUCGAGACGUCCGCAAAAUCCAACGACAACGUCAAGGAGCUAUUCACUGCCAUCGCAAAGAAACUGCCGCUUGAUCAAGCCGGACCACGGAAUCUGCGCGCGAACCCGCGACCGGGCGUUGAUCUGCGACCGGAGGCUGCCGGCACCCAGGGUGCCGGUGGCUGCAGCUGCUAG